GAGAGCUCCAGUACAGUGUUUGUGUGUGUGUGUGUGUGUGUGUGUGUGUGUGUGCUGAGCUGCUAGUCACUUGGUCUCACUCUAGCUAGGGGAAGAGAGCUGCAGUACAGGAUGGAUGCCAUCAGUGCAGAUAAACUGCCCAUAGAUCUGUGUAACCCCAACCGGACUCUUGUGGUGUCAGAGGAGAUGAUUCUGCACGAGAGCAAGCACCACUCCCUCAAGGUGACUGUGUUCAUAUACACAGACCUGAUGCUGGUGACGAGAGAGGAUGAACCCGGCCGCUGUAACGUCCUCCAGAACCCUCUGCUCCUCAAGCAGCUACGACUCCAGGAGGAUCACAGUGAGGAACUGAAGUUCUAUCUCAUUCACAUGACGGAGAAGUGUGACUGCCUGCUCAGUCUGGAGGCGUACUCUGUGGAACAGAAGCGGCGUGUGUGCCAGUGUCUGAGGGACAACAUUGACAAGCAGCUCCAGCAGCAGCGGAGAGACAACUUCGCCACCAUGGAACAGAUGCUGGAGCCCAAACUCGAUGACCCGUGCUAUGUGGGGCUUCCCCCACGAGCCAGCGACGAUGACCCGUCCCUCAGCAGUCCCUCCGAGCCCCUGGCGCCGGCCAGCCCCCAGACCAGCGACCUGACCUCCCUGGGGGGGUCGUCCUGCACCCCGCUGGACGAGAGCCUGAAGGUGCCGCCGACCCCCCCGCCCUCCACCGAGGGCGAGCAGGAGAGCUGGCGCGGCCACGAGGAAGACGAGGAGGAAGAGGAGAGGGGCUUCAGCACCGCCGAGACCGAGCGCGCAGAGACGGGCGACGAGGAGUCGGUCACCGGGGCGACGGGAGGCGGUGGGCAUGGAGACGAGGCCGAUGAUGACGUCGGGGACGGGGACAUGGCCACGCUGGUGGUCGGAGGAGAUCUGGAGGACAACGGCUCCGAGGCGCCGGACACAAACGCACCGCCCUCCUCCUCCUCCUCGUCCUUCGUCAUCCCCGAGCUCCGCCUCGACCGCUCCUUCAGCGCCGACGCCCUCACCGUCACCGACGAAGAGUACGAGGAAGACGAGGAUGAGGAGGACGAUGACGACGAUGACGAGGACGAUGACGAGGAAGAGGAGGACAGUGACGACGCGUACCUUGACCGCAGCGACAGCAAGAAGCGCCGCAGCAUGGCGGAGCCCUCGUCCACCUGCGAGCAGCACGGCAGCGGGGCGGGAGCGGGCGGCCUGAGCGUCCAGAACUCUCUCCGCCGCCGGACGCACAGCGAGGGCAGCCUGCUGCAGGACCCGCGCGCGCCCGUCUUCACCUCCGACAACGCCAUCCACUGCCUGGACGCGGCCGGCGCCGGAGGGGGAGGGGCCUGCAAGGGGGGGUGGACGCUGCCGUCCCCCAAGACCCUCAAGAAGGAGCUGACCAAGAACGGAGGCUCCAUGCACCAGAUAUGCAUGCUGCUGUCCGGGAGGAAGCUCAGCGCAGGCUCCGGAUCCCACUGCAGCUGCGACGUCGAUCCCCACGGCAACAAGAAGAAGAAGCCCAAGAACCUGGCCAAAGAUAUGAAGAACCGACUGGCAUUCCUGAGGCGGAGGAAUGAAUCGCCGGGAAGCACUCCAGCGGGAAAGCUGGACAAGACCAUGAAGUCAGGGGUCAAGCCCACCCCAGAGGAGGCCAUGAAGUGGGGGGAGUCCCUGGACAAACUACUCGUCCACAAAUAUGGACUUGCCGCCUUCAGAGCGUUCCUGCGCACCGAGUUCAGCGAGGAGAAUCUGGAGUUCUGGCUGGCGUGCGAGGACUACAAGAAGGUCAAAUCCCAGUCCAAGAUGGCGUCCAAAGCCAAGAAGAUAUUCGCUGAAUACAUCGCCAUCCAGUCAUGCAAAGAGGUGAACCUGGACUCGUACACCCGGGAGCACACCAAGGAGAACCUGCAGAACAUCACGCGCUCCUGCUUCGAGCUGGCGCAGCGGCGGAUAUUCGGCCUGAUGGAGAAGGACUCGUACCCACGCUUCCUGCGCUCCGAGCUCUACCUGGACCUGGUCAACCAGAAGAAGGCCAGCAGCGCCUCCACCACCUCCUCGUCCUCGUAGAGCGGACGGCCACGCCAACGGGAAACGCAACGCGACGCAACAGGAGCCGGAACUUUCUCCCAGAGAGAGAGAGAGAGAGAGAGAGAGAGAGAGAGAGAGGAAGGAAGGAACGGGAGGAGGCUUUCUUCCUUUUUCAAAAGUUUCCCUUUCUUCGUCGUCAUCGUCAUCAUCAUCAUGGUCUUCAUCAUCUUCCUCCUCAUUGUUUUUUUUGAAACACGGCAUCCCGUCUGAGAUGUUUAGGGACAGUGGACUAAAGAGGUGAUGGAGAGGUGGACGAGGAGUGGACAGACGAGAGGAGAGGAGGCGGUGUUGUUUACAAAACGUGGACUGGAGUGGAGAAAUUGAACAGGGUGGAGAGAGAGAGAGAGAGAGAGAUGGAGAGAGGGAGAGAUGGAGAGAGGGAGAGCACAGAUCCUUCAUUCCCUCCGGGCUCUGACGGAGAGACGUCGCCAUAGUGACUGACAUGAACAUUAUUGCUGUUCUUUCACUUCUUUGUUAUUUUAUUUAAGUUCCUCUGCUUUCCCCGGACAUGCUGGAGUGUGUGUGUGUGUGUGUGGCGUGGGGUGGAGCGACACACUCCUGAAGACAAAGACACAGUCGGGCACUGUUGGCUUCUACUUCUGAUUGUUUGUUUGUUUUGUUUGUCUGUUUUGUUUGUUUGUUGGUGUUGUUUCUCCGGGCCUCCUCCGAGGUGCCUGUUGGUACGACGCGGAGACCACCACUCAACUCGCUCCUCGCUUCACACACACACACACACACACACACACACACACACAACAAACGCUUUCCUGACUGUGUAAACGCCACCUGAUCCACCCGGGCAGGCGAGAGGACACAGAUGCGACCGUAGCUUUCUGACGUGAGCUCGACUCAACAAACAAACAAAGAAAAAGAAAAGCAAGCGAAGCCCACCGCAUCGCAGCGCAGCGCAGCUUGCCCCCCCCACUCCACUCUCUCCUCGCCGACCCACAAUGCACUUGUGUUCUCAAGCACGCCGCUCCCCCCCCCCCCUCCCCCCUCCACAAGUGUAGCUGCACCCCCCACCACCCGGAGGGGAGCGACGACUGCAGUCCUGUAGCUGUUCAUUCCUGACGAGACUAAAUAUGGUCGGAGCUCACAGAGAAAGAAGAAAAGGAUGAUAGAAUGGACGGACGGAUGGACCAAACAGUGUGACGGAGGACUGCCACUCUCCCUCUAUACCCCCCCCCCCCCCCCGGACAUGGCCCGUCUGCCUGUCUAUAUGACUUAAGACUGCACACCCGCCCCCUUGCCUGGCUUUGCUCUGUAGAGCUGAUAAGGUCCAUAGUAGCUCCCUGCAGAGCUUGACGUGGCAGUAUUCUCAGGACUCUUAACGCACUCGACUAUGAAGCUUCCCAGCUUUCUUUUUUUAUCAUUAAGUUUGUUUUGGCUUCUCUCUCUUUUCUUCACGUUAAGAGGUUUGACCUGUUGUUGUGUGUUGACCAGGUGCACACACCUGCACUCCGUAGUGGACGACAGAGGGGGCACAGCUGGCCAACAGCUGCCCUUCGGACUGAGAUAAAUAAAAACAGAGAAGGAGAGAUAGAGAGAGAUGGAGGGACGAGAAGAAAGAGAGAAAUGCUUUACCUGUACAUAUGGUUUGCCUAUUUAUUUGACCCCUGGCUGGACGCACCCCACUGCACUCAGCUGAAAGCUCCUUGUUCCUUAACCACAGACGGAGGUCCGUCCUCCAGCAGCAGUAGGCACUGGGCCGGAUCCGGGCCAGAGCUGCGCCGCAUCAGAGCCAGACCUGAGCCAGAUCGCCCCCAGUGUCUCUGCUGUGUGGACGGCUACCCUGAUUUAAGUGCAAUAUGAUUUUUGUUUUCUUUUUUUAUUAUUAUCCUUCUGUUUUUCCAUUUUAUUUUUUGGAUAAGUUUCGAUUUUUAUGAGAAAGACAAUGGAUUGAACUCUGUUUUAACUUUAUUUGUAAGAGUUUAGUUGCAAAAAUUCAGCUUGAAGUUUGAUUUACAGUUAAGGUAAAUACGCCACAAACAAGAGCGGCAGUAGAUUCCUGAUUUUAAACGUUAUUAUUCUAACUGUGUUAACCCUGGCAGCUGGCAGCCGGGACAAAAGGAUGUAAAUAUAAUUCUUAAAUAAAUAAACAAAGAGAAAAAAAAAGAAUAAAAAAAUGAGAAGAACAUGAUGUUUCAUGGGUGUUCCAUGAGGCCUGUGUGUAUCUAUGUACAUAGGAGAGUCCAAGCUGUAAAAUGACAUGUAUUGUUUUAAACUGGGGAGCAGUGGGCACUAAGCCUGCCCACUCCUGGUCAUACACUGCUCGUAAGGAGUUUUACAAAAUGUAUUUUAUCAUUUUCACUGUUUACAAGUCCAACGCAUCUCCUAAGAUAGCAAGCGAACGAGAACAUAGCGAGAGAAAAACAUUUGGUGUCAUUUGCUCAAGUUCAAUAAAAUCAUCCAACUGGUUGAAAAAUA